UAACCAACACAACACCCAUUUUUAUUUUCUUUAUUUCUCAUUCAUUAUUACUAUUUUUCAUUUUUAUUUUUUUUUUAUUUUUCUAAUAUUAUUAUAAAUAAAUAAAUGCAGUACGAGUAUUGGUGUUGUUGAUAGAAAACACGAGAGUCCUCCUUAAGAAAAGCCAACCCCACGCUAAGAAGAAGAGGAAGAAGAAGAAGAGAAAAGCAAACCGAAACCAAAGGAAGAAAAAGAGAGCUUAUUAUUGUCUUGUAUUGAUUCCAUUCAAUCGCAUCUAUCUAUCUUUCUCUCUUCAAAGAAAACACAACACAACAGCAAAGAAAAACAAAAGGGAAAGAGAGAAGAUUAUGCGAAGAAGAAAGGUUGUGAUAGUAGAAGAAGAACAAGAAGAAGAAGAAGAAAAAACAAGUGUUGGGUCUUUGAUCUUGGUUGAGGAGUUUCAUCAAACAUGUUUCAUUCAUUGAUUCUUUAAUUAAUUUCUUUCUUCUCUCUCUCUUUUUAUUUCAAGAAAGAAAAAUACUUGUACUAGUCUAGCACCUGUCUGUCUCAUUCUUUCUUUUUUUCUUUUUUUUUUUUUUUUUAAUUCUUAAUUUCUUUUUUCUUUCAUUGAAGAGUCCGCCUUAGCUUAAGGGGCAUCUUUUCAUGCUUCUUAUGUGCUAGCGUUUAUUGCUGCCUUUCACAUUGUUCUAUAUACCCAACACCAAUCACCCAUACCAUACCCAUCCUAUUUUAAUUUCUCUUUCUUUCUUUCCCUAUAUUCAUAAAUUUUUAAUGGCUGUUCAAGCUCAAUACCCCUCAAAUGUUCUUCUUUUAAACAGAAACGGUCAAGAAGGUCAUGAUUAUUCAUUACAACCACAGCCAGGUGGAUUUCUUGAUCAAUCCCAUAUGCUAUUUUCCAGUGGAGGGGCUAAUAGUAAUCCACGAAAGAGAGGACGGGAAGUGGUGGCGGCGACGGCAACGGCAGCCGGUGGCAUAACAACAGGAGCAACAAUCCAUUCCUUUUCUAUGCAGCCUCAAGCUCCUCAACUAAUCGACCUUUCUCAACUCCAUAACAAUAACAACAAUAAUAAUAAUAAUCAGCCACAGCCACAGCCACAACAACCAAAUGUCGUCGUCUCUACUGGCCUCCGUUUAUCUUUUGGUGACCAACAACAACAGCAACAGCAACAAAUACAACAAAAUCACCAUUAUCAAUCGCAACAACAGCAGAGUUUCGUAUGUCAAUCGUCUCCUUUCUUAUCUUUAUUAUCAGAAGAUUUCGCCACUCAAAUAAAACGACAACGAGAUGAAAUAGAACAAUUUCUUCAAGCACAGGGAGAACAGUUGCGGCGCACAUUAGUAGAAAAAAGGCAGAGGCACUAUCGUGCGCUGCUAAGCGCAGCGGAUGAAGUUAUAGCCAGGCGAUUAACGGAGAAAAACACGGAAGUUGAAAAGGCCACGCGACGAAACGCUGAGUUAGAAGCACGCGCCGCUCAACUUAGUGUGGAGGCACAGGUUUGGCAGGCUAAGGCCCGGGCACAAGAGUCAAUGGCGGCUUCACUGCAGGCGCAACUGCAGCAGGCGAUAAUGAGCGGGGGAGUGGCACAGGAUAGCAGGAGAGGGGAUGAUGGGCUAGGAUGCUCUGGGGGAGUAGAAGGGCAGGCGGAGGAUGCGGAGUCAGCGUAUGUGGAUCCCGAGAGGGUGACGGUGUCAGGCGGUCCAAGUUGCAAGGGUUGCCGGAAACGGGCUGCGACGGUGGUGGUGCUGCCGUGUCGGCAUCUUUGUUUGUGUACAGAAUGUGACCAAGUGGCACAAGCUUGCCCACUUUGCCUCCAAGUAAGAAAUUCCAGUGUUGAGGUUUUUCUGUAUUAAGAUCCCAUUACAGGCCCAGGCCCAGGCCCAGCCCAUAUGGGCCAAAGGUUUUAUUAGGUGAAAAAAGUUAAAAAAAAAAAAAAGAAAGGAAAAUAAAUAAUUGUUGAGUAUAAUAAAAAUACAAUGUUUUUCCCUUUUUCUUUUUGGGAGUCAGAUAUUAGUUCACCCAAGACUGAAAAGUUUUUUAUUUUUUAUUUUUCUCUUUGGUUCCCCCUCUUGGAGUGAAGUACCUAGAGGUAAUGUACAGGGCCACAUUUUUUCUUCCCUUUUUGAAAUUUCAUUCAUAUAUAAAUUCUUUAUUUGAUAAGUUA